AUGUCACAGUCAACACAGCCAGUCAAGCUCAAUGACGAGCAAAUCGACGAUCUCCUCUACUGUGCCCGAGCAGGCGAGGUCGAGGACCUCGGCGCUUACCUCGACGAGCUGGUACCGCCGUCCACGCAGGGAGCCGUCAAGGUGAAGCAGGCUGUCCUCGCCCAGGUGGUAGACGGGUCUGGGAAUGGCAUGUUCCAUUAUGUUUGCGCGAAUGGACAUCUGGAUACCUUCAACCUUCUCUCCCCACUCUCCUCCCUCUCGCUCCUGUUGCACCAGAACUCAUCAGGCAACACGCCACUGCAUUGGGCGGGCCUCAAUGGUCACUUGCCACUCGUCAAGGCACUUGUAGAGAGGAUAGAGGACCUGGAGAAGGAAGACACAGAGGGAGCAAAGGUGAUCAGGGAGAAGCAGAGGGAGGAGGAGAUGAAGAGAAGAGCAGAGAGCAAGAGGAAGAGGAGGCAAGAGGCGGCGAAGCAAGCUGACGAGGACAAGAAGAGCGAGGCGGCGACGGGCUCCUCUGAGGACAAGAAGACGGCACCAACAAAUGGCGAUGCCGAGCUGGAUGACGAUGAGGAGGAUGAUCCGCCAGAGCUGUCCCUCUGGGACCUGCGCAACAACUUCGGUCGCGGCCCGACAUCAGAGUCGCAGAUGAAUGACCGCGAAAAUGUCGUCCAAUUCCUACUCACAAGAAUGGCAGCAGGCGGCGGGGCUGAGCCGGCAAGCACAAAGCCGGAUCAGGAGGAUGUCAAGGAGUUGGAGCAGAAGACGAAGGAGGCCUCAUUGGAGGACAAGGAUGGGGAGGCGAAGGGUCAGGAGAAGGACACCUUAUCUUGA